AUGACACACGGCGCCCCGCCGAGGCCGCCCAAGGACGUCACCGACGCCGUACGCGAGACAGUGCAGGUUCGUGGCCAGGAUCAACGCCACCGCAUUGGUAGGAGCCAGAGCUCAAUCCCACCUCAGGCCACUUCUCGCCCUCAAGCUGCCAGCCACCGCUCCCAAUCUCAAGACUCGGUUCUUCGCACCGCCAACGCCAUGGAAAAGUCCAAGACCAGAGGCCAUCGCCCCAAGAAGGGUUCCCAGCACGCGGAUGUCAUCGACCGCCUAGACUUUACUGGCGUGGGCCCCAUGUUCCACCACGAUGGUCCGUUCGACGCUUGUGCCCCUUCGCGCAACCGCCAGCGCAACAAGGCGCCUAUGCUAGCAUGGAGCGGCAGCGGUGCCCCGCCGGGCGCCGAUCCGGGGUCGCCCUACGAAGAGCCCUACCCCGAGCCUCCCAAGAAGAAGGUCGACGCGAUCGCGGAGGCAUGGGGCAUACACGAGCCCGAGCCGUUCGAGGAGUUCUUCGCGGGUGGCAACAACGACAGCAACACGCCGACGAGCUCCAUAUACAACGGCCGUGCUAGCGCUGUACCCAAGUACCGCCGCGACGGUCGUCUCGAUGAUGGAACGCCUCCUCGCCGCAGUGGCCAGCGCACCCGUGGCGCCAUCCCACCCCCUCAGCCCAUCUUCGUUCCCGACUCUUCCUCCGUUGAACAGCAGUACCCCGCCGACUUCACGCCGCCGGCCGUCUCCCCCAGCAACGCGCCCAAACGCUCCAAGUCGCUCAUGCAGCGCAUCCGCAAGAUGCGCGAGACGCCCAACGUGCCCGUUGACAACGAGGGCGGCAACAGCUCGCCAGGUGGCGACCCGCAAGCGCGGCCGGCGCACCGUCACCAGAACUCGCAUGCGGGCCACUUUGGUGGCGGGCAUCAUCGGGACCGGAACGCGGAGACCCGUGAGGCCAGCGAGCCGUUUGUGUUCAUCGAGAACAGCGCGCCCGCGCACAAGGACCUGCCCGCCACGCCCGGCAGCCGUGGCACGCCCGAGAGCCCGCCUGACGCGCAGACGGGGUAUUUCGAUGGCUACACCAGCCCGGGUGGGGGUGGAUUGGGCAGGAAGACUAGCCUGAUGAAGAAAGUCGGCCGCGUCGUGCGGGGCAGGGACCGAUAA